CGCGAGCUGCGCGGCUGACGGAUGGGCGGGUCUGGAGCUGCUCCUUGGGCAUUGCUUACAUGGCAUCGUCGGUGUCGUCCUUGUUGGCUCGAGGUCGCUGACACUAACGUCCCGUCCCGCCACCGCGAGACUUGCAAUGCACUACCAGGCCUAUCAAAGUGACCAUGUCGUAAGCACUCUUUUUCGGGCCUCCUGCAGAACUCAUCCAGCGAUAAGGCUGUGCUGCUUCAUGGGUUUCCCAGCAUUACCAGAGGGAUUUAAUUCCACGGCAAAUGCUUGAUUCCCGUGCCGUAAUCUCUGGCCCGGCUGUUGCCUGCCAUACGCUUUCUUUGCCGUUGAGAUUCUCAUGCGGGGAGCAAUUCGCUGACACAUACCGGGAGCACGAGACUGGAGGAAACUGUAAAUGCAGGAACAAGGAACGGUCAUCAAGCUUGACCGAAGGUAAGGCUGCUGGAAUGAUUGGAGGGCAGGUCUUUUGCGUUUCUUCAGCACGAGAAUUCAGGUUCUCGUGAGCAUCAAAACGGUCCGGGUAAAUGAGAGGUCAUCUCGACAUCCUCAAAAGCAGCAGAUUCAGCAAUUAGCCGGCCCCACGGAGUUUCCAGUAGGACCGAGGGGGAUAAGAGUAUUUCUUGGAACUUGGCCUCUUUCAAGACGCCAUUAUACUGUACGUACUGGAUCAAUAGUUCGAUUAUCGUGAUAUGGCAGGAGCAAGACGGGGGCUUACUGUGGCUGGUGCUGAGGCUGGGCACUGGGCGCACCAGCAUCCCCAACAACAACAACCACAGCCAAUCGCGUUUGACGCCGGAUGAAGGAUGGAAGGUUUAAACUUCAACAUUGAGAAGGAUCAGGCUUCAGCUCGCUGCUAGUGCACUGUCGGAGGCCUAGAAUCGUCAUUUUUCAUCUCCUUUUCCAUGGAUAUUGUUAUUGGGGAUAGGGAAAGUUGUCGUCGGGCCUAGCCUUGCUACCCGCACAGCCUCCCCACACCUCAGGUUCCCCCACCUCAGCGUCAUCAUUUCAGUCAACACCACCUUGGGGAUGCAAAUUUUGCAAUGGUCACGCCCAACAAAUGGGAUGCAGACCUGGUUUGGCCGUCCGGUCGAACCAUUCAGUCGCUUUAAUUACGUGGGCGUCGUUUCAAGGUUUCAUGCCGAAGGAUUUCCAAUACCAGCCGCCGGACGCGGCGCAGCCUUGCCAGCCUUUCAGAGACCAGAUCUGAUAUGCUGCUGGUGCAGGCAGCUUUGGGGUGAUUCGGAGCUUUGAUUAAAUAAAUACCACCUGCAUCCCCCCAUUUCUUUUAAUUUUGCCCCCUCAGUUGCUAUCCAACCAUUUCUAGCUGCUAACCACUCACCAAAUAAACCCCGAAGCAAAUCGCCACAUCGUUGAAGCUUCAAGUCUAGCCUUGCAGCAUAAGUCCCGCCAUCGACUCCAAAUACCGGCACGGGACCUGAGCCUGUUCAUCCAUUCUAUCCGCCACCGGUUUCGACUUCAAAUAUGUCGGGGUACGACAGCGACGAGUCAAUGGGACGACCAAGACCCCUCACCCCAGGCCUGAGUGAAACUCGCUCGAUGCAGGGUUCUGCCUGCAGCUCCGAAGACCAAAACUCUAGCCCAGAGCGAAGCCCGAAACGAAGAUGCACAUAUAACCCAUACGAGCCACGGCUCAACGGCGUUGGCAACCAUAUGGCGUCUGCCGCCAGUCCUCCGGGGCACCCAACAACUUCCUCUUUCGUCCCUCGCUCUCCGGUUAGAAGCUGGACUACACCAAUCCCUAGCUCGCUUCGACCGACUCUGCCGACUCCCGGCUUGCCUUGUUCUACUAUACUGUCUUCUGGCUUGCCUUGUUCGACCAUACCGUCUUCUGGCUUGCCUUGUUCUACCGUACCGUCUUCUGGCAUGCCGUCUUCAACCAUACCGUCUUCUGACAUGCCAUCUUCGACCAUAUCGUCGUCUGGUAUGCCUUACUCGACCAUCCCGACUCCAGGAUCACCCCGUUCAUUCGGCCAGAGCCGUGAGUUCCUGUCUUUGAUGCUUUCGGGGGGACUCCUCUACAAUAGAGGUCGCAACCCAUAUCCAGUAUCGGCCAUGGCAUUGGCUGCAGAGCGUUACUCGCGUGUGCCUGCAUCCCCAACGUUACGCAUCAUCGACUGGAGAAUGAGGUUGAAUUCAUGGCCAGAAGUGUCCAGGAGCCAGGCGGAUGCAGAGAUGGAUACCUGCGAAGCGGCGUUGAGCAGGUCGAGUACGUGGUAGCAUUUCGGCUUGGUCGAUGCGGCCAAAUAUCACCCAACAUAAGUUGGUAGUAUCACAACCGUUUCUCCUGAGAUUCACGCCGGCAUCGACAUAGGUGAAGCGCAUGAAGCAUGGUUGUUGAAGCUCGUCUCUUACAUUCGUUAUUUUUUUGUCAAAGGAUGCACGCGGCCAUUGAUAGAGAUGAGGCAGACGUGGCAGGGUCUCUCACACAUGUUCUCCUUUACGGUGGUGAUGAAGCCUUUGGCAUCCUCCAUUACCUAAGGCACACGAGUCAGGAUUGUUCGAAGCUCGUCUCUCACACUCGUUAUCUUUUCUGGUGAAGAUGUAGCGUUUUUCUUCCUCUGUUGCUCAAGUCAUAGGAAUUGUUUGAAGCCUGUUUCUUUCAGUCGUUAUCCGUUUCUCAAGGCACAUAGUCUGGAUUGGAAGCUUGUUUCUCUCAGUCGCUAUCUUUUCCGCCGUAGAGGAUCUUCUAGGCGUCCUCUAUUACCUGUCAUACUAUAACAUCCGUUUCUGUAUUUAUUCCCCCGUUGUCUAAGCCUAGUUUCGAGCAUUUUCUGGUUGCAUGGAGUAUUGUUGUUGUUGUUUUCAGACAACCAUUUGGUUGUUCUCAAAAAGUGUUUUAUAAAAUCAUGUCACGUGUCUUGUUAUCACGUGAUUUUGGUCUGGUGAAUCUAGGUUGGAAUCACCUCAGAAGCAAGAAGGCGACUUUGGACGGGUGAGCUUCUAGAAACGUCUUAAAAAGUACUGUAGUGGAAAUAUUAGCGAU